CACAUAUUAAUACGCUGAGGACACAUCUCAGCCUAUCCUUUAUAUCACAUCACAUUAGCAGCGUUCCCGCAUAACCCAAAACGGAUCUUUCAGCGUGCCACGUCACAAAUAGCUUGAACAUCCCCUCACCUGACCUCCUCCGUCGUCAGCAGCCGUGUUGGUGUUGUUUAUAACCCCGCACAGAUCGAGAUGCAAGGUGCCUUUCCUCACCUUUCUGGGACACGCGUUCGCAAACAUGGUCGCACCUAUUGAGCCUGACCCUCAGGUCGCCGACAGCGACAAUGACAACUUUGAUGCAGAAAGCAUUCCUGACUCAACCGCUUCCAUCACGUCCAGCAUUUUCGAACAACGCUUUUUUGAAGGCCGGGCGUAUGCCAAUCCAAAAUAUGGAAAACACUGGGCCCCCAACGAUGAAGAACAGCUCGAGGCUCUUGACAUCAUUCAUCAUUGGUUGACAUUGAUGCUUGACAAUAAGCUGUAUCUUGCACCUAUUGGAGAAAAUCCACAGAACAUUCUGGACAUUGGGACUGGAACAGGCAUUUGGGCCAUCAACAUGGCAGACCAGUUCCCCUCGGCCAAGGUUAUUGGCACUGAUCUUGCACCCACACAGCCAUCCUGGGUGCCACCAAACUUGGAAUUUCAGAUCGAUGAUUGCCAACUGGAUUGGACAUUUGAGCCGGAAUCAUUCGACUUUAUCCACAUCCGAUAUCUCCAGGGUUCUAUUGAGGAUUGGAACAAGUUAUACGGUCAGCUGUACAAGUUCUUGAAGCCGGGAGGCUGGUUCCAGCAUAUAGAACCAGAUCUGCAAAUGUUGUCCGACAACCCUGAGAUCGUCGUGGGCGACGACCAUAUCUUCUCCAGGUGGGCUCAAUCCUUCCGCGAGGUGGGUGAGAAGAUUGGCCGAACAUUCGACUUCAGCAAUCAGAAGAUGGAAACGCUUGCAAAGGACGCUGGUUUCACUUCCGUCACCUUCCAGAACCACAAGAUUCCUGUUGGCCGCUGGCCCAGGGAUAGAAAGAUCAAAGAGCUGGGGACUUUCGUCAGUCUCUCUUUCAGCCAGGCAUUGGACGGCUUUGUCAAGUUGCCUUUGAUGGAGAUUCUAGGCUGGGACUCUGCGAGGACCCAAGUUUUUGGUGCUGAGAUGCGCUCUGCCCUGCUUAACCCCAAGACCCGAGCGACUGGUCGCGUAUUUUCUGUGUAUGGCCAGAAGCCAGAGAGACCAGGAGCGUCAACACCGGCCGGGGAGGGAGAGUAAGAUGCAAAUACAUGUUUAUUCCACAUAAUAUUAAUCUGAACUUCAAUU